CCAUUAUUCAGACAGACACUCUUCACUGACUAUUGUCAGAUCUUCUGUGAGGUUCAAUCCAGCAGUCCAGAUAACUAAACAGUUGUAAAGGGCUUCAUUGUCUAAAGUCAAUUAGAAACAUGGGUGAUGUCAAGAAUCUACAGAAAAGAAGCUAUCAGAAUCUCCCUGAUGACAGUGACUCUUCAGAUGAGACAGUUGAAUCUCCUUUACUGAAACGAGUUUUUGAAGAACAUGGAUACACCAAAAUAGGACAACUGGGACGAGGGAUUUCAGGAAUAGUGUAUCAGGUGACCAACAAUUCUGGAGAGCAUUAUGUGAUUAAACAGAUGAACUCCAGAGAAAGGAAGGAGCAGAACGCUGUCCAAAUGGAAGUCAUGAUCCUAAAGAAAAUGAUCCAUGGAUAUAUUGUUUCUUAUGUGGAAUCAUUUGAAGAUAAAGAAACUGGACUCUUUUAUAUUGUGAUGGAGUAUUGUGCGGGAGGAGAUCUUUACAAGAGGAUGAAAAAGCAGGCUGAGGAAGGCUUUUUUGAAGAACAACAGAUCCUUGACUGGUUUGUUCAGAUUUGUCUGGCCCUUCAGUAUCUACACGAGGAGAGGAGGGAUAUUUGUCACAGAGACAUAAAACCUCAGAAUGUUUUUCUGACUGAAGAUGACUACAUCAAUCUAGGAGACUUUGGAUACUCAAAAGUGCACACAAGAGCUGAUCCUUAUGCAAGCUCUGUAGUAGGUGCAGAGCUCUAUGUCAGCCCAGAAGGUCAUCAGAAGAAAUAUAAUUCCCCAAGUGAUAUUUGGUCAUUGGGAUGGUUACUCUAUGAUCUCUGCAUGCUGGAUGUAUGGGUGAGUAUGUUUAUUUUUCCAUCUUAAGAAACACUAAAUAAAUAAAUAUUAAAUAAUGUAAAUUAUAACAGCUUGUGCUUAACAUCUGGGGCCAGAUUUAUGAAAGAAGUUUAAAACAAGUGCUACCAAAUAAGACAGGUUUGUUUCAGUUAGUCUGAUUUAUUGUCAGUUGAUUUGGUUCAAAUUAUAACAGACUAACUAAAAUAAGGCUUGCUUAUUUGGUGUUUUGAGUAAUCAUUUAUUGUAAAAAAAAGUUGCUCUGAGAGGCAGCUGAAUUUCCAUAGCAGGCCACCCCUCUGCA